AUGGUCAUGGAUAUCAUGCAUUCCAUCCGGGGUCUGGAAUUCUGCCGUGAAGCCGUUGAUUUCCAUGAUAAGUACUGCGAUGUGGUUAUCGCUAGAAUAAUGUGGAAUCUUGGUUGCGUUUGGAAGGGAAAGAUUACAUCCGACUGUUUACGAAAGUCGGAUUUGCUCGAACGUAUACGCUCACUUCAAGAAGAUUUCGAUAUUAACCGCGAUGUACGAUAUUUCAGUUAUGAGCAUUUUUAUGUUAUCUACUGCAAAUUCUGGGAAAUCGAUACGAACCAUGAUCAAAUAGUCAGCAAAGCUGACAUGCGAAUGCACAAAGAUGGUGCAAUCACUGAUCUCGUUCUUAAUCGUAUUUUCUCUCGUGCUGUACGAACUACUAGGAAAGAUACAAUGAAUUUAAUCGAUUUUACCAACUUCCUAUUAGCUGAGGAGGAUAAAACUCACCCGACGAGGUCUGGUUUUACUAGUGUGGUGAGGGUGUGGUGUGUUAACCGGGUUGACUCUAUGAAUAAAUUUCAUGAAAUCUCAUUAUUUCCAGUCGCCUAG